AUGUCAUCCUUGUUCUUGAGGAGCACCAGGAGCCUGGUGAAAGAGCUGGGCAGGAAGGGUGAGCUGGUGCCUGUGGACAGCCUGCGCAGCUCACCGCGCCUGCGCCCCUUCUGCCUGGUGAGGAAGAAGCACAAGAGUUACCUCUGGCCGUGGGACACUUCCUUCAUCCCCACAGACUUUACCCUCCUGGACAUACUGGAGCCUGGCUGUCCUGACCUAGAUGUCAAGCACAGUGGGCCCAUCUACGCCUGGGAGAAGAUGACAGGAAUGAGGACAGGGGCUGUGGGCCUGAGCCCUGGCCCGAAAGGCCAGGUAACUGGGAGCAGUGAGAGCUCCUGCCACUCUGCCGUGGCUGUGCAGACACUCUGGGUCACCCCUUGCACCUGGGAGAUGCUGCUUGCGAAAAGGAAACUGAGGUCUCCUAGGCCCUCCUUCCUCCAGGAACUGCAGUGCCGGAAAGACAGGGAGAGCCUAUACGUGGUGACCGAGGUGGUGGUGACCUUGCAAGAUACCAUACUUCAGAGCCUCAGCCAAAUGCAAAGAGCUGGACAGCUAGCCCUCCCACAGCCGGGCCAUGCUCAGGUCCAGGGACAGAGUCAUGUGGGCAGAGAGAGGAUGCUGAGCAUCCCACAGGGCAGUGUACUGGCCUACAGGGUUCUGCAGUUGGUGGUGGAGAAAGAUGGCUGGGCUCUCCAUUUCUUUCCUGAAAGCAAGGUCUGCAGGGACGCCAAGGGAGGUGGAGUCUCCAGCAAGGAACCAGAAGAGUGUAACUUCCUGGACUUGCAGGAUCAAGCAGAGAGCCAGUUGCAGGACCUGGUCACACUGUCCUCAGAGCUACGGAACACACUGUUGGGUGCCUUCCAAGAGCUACUACAAGACCGCCAGGCACUCCAAGAGCUGGAGGACACGCUAGAACAAGCUCUGGACACUGGGUUGCUGGCACAGCUGGAGGGCCCCGGAGGCUUUGUCUUAAGUACUCUCCAAGACUCCAAAGGCAACUUGUCAUGCUCGAGAGGCAGGGCUAUGUUCUACCUUCUUGGAGCCCUAGCAGCACUAAAUGGACCCCAUCAUUGCCUGUUGGCCCAGUCCAUAGAGAGAGAAAUCCUAUCUGAGGAACUGCAGCUGGUGGCCAGCAUCUUGGAGCAUAACUGUGAUCAGAAGGAGGAAACAAACUACCCCCUCCCAAAAGGAAUCUUCUGUCCUCUCAAGUGUGAGGAUGUGGUCCUCAUCCUAAACCUGGUGCAGAGCUGUGGGCUAGAGCUGGAUGAGUCUGGCUGCCACAUUACCUGGGACCCCACAGUGGCGCCUCAGCUCUCUGCACUCUAUGGGUGCCUCACAGGACUGAAGCUACUGGCUGACUCAAGCACUGGGUCCUCUAAGACUGUGCCUGAAGAGGGAACACCGAUCUGUCCCUAG